CUUUUUACCAUCUUCUAUUUUUAUGUUAACCUUCAAGUGAUUUUGUCAAAUGAAUUGAUAACAACGGAGAAUUUCCCAAUUGGUUCGAGAAAUUGUUUUGAAUUAGAAUUAUAGUGGCCGAGUGGACUGCAAAAGUGUUUUUAUCAUAAUGAAGUCCAUUAAAAAAGUGGUUAAUCUCGGUUUAUCAAUACCAAAACAGUCAAGAUAUAUUUGCACUACCGGUGUACGGUCUAAUGCUGACGAUGGAUGGCUUUCUAAACUUCUGGUUCGGAAAAUAGAACCAACGAAGGAGUCGCACAGUCGUAUGUUGAGCGACAAGGAGAUUGUGUAUGCGUUGCACACUCACAAUAUUCGCCCGGACUCGGUGGACAAAUACCUAAAAAACUACAAAACUUCAUCCGAGUUUAUUGCAUCUAGAAAAGCGGAUUUAGGCUGUGAGCUUGUUGGAUCAUGGACUGUAUCUGUUGGGGAUAUGGACCAGGCAUUACAUUUAUGGAGAUAUGUUGGUGGAUUUGAGAAGAUUGACAAAGCAAAAAUAUUAUUCAGAGAGAAUGCUGACUACCGAGCAUUAGAAAAAGAAAGAGGGAACUUUGUUCGGUCUCGUCAUUUACAAUAUCUUCUUGCAUUUAGCUUCUGGCCUUCUGGGGAGCCCCGCUCACCCAAAAACAUUUAUGAGAUAAGAUCCUACAGCUUAAAACCUGGCACCAUGAUUGAAUGGGGCAACAAUUGGGCCCGAGGUCUUACAUACAGGCGUGCACAAAACGAAGCUUUUGCCGGAUAUUUCUCACAAAUAGGAAGACUUUACAAUGUUCAUCACAUUUGGUGCUACAAGGAUCUUCAGGCGCGGCGUGAGACCCGCGAGAGCACGUGGCGCAACCCCGGCUGGGACGAGUGCGUGGCCUACACCGUGCCGCUCAUCCGCGAGAUGCACUGCCGCAUCCUCGAGCCCACCGAGUUCUCGCCCACGCAGUAAACCCGCAGUGUAUCAUAUGUAUCAUAUUUAUAAUCUCAGUCAGUAAAAAUACUGAAGUCUGAACAUAUUAAAAUUUUAUUGAUGCUUAUGGUCGAAACCUGAAAUGGUCAUUUAAUAAUACUGCCAAGCAUCAUAGUAAUUGUAGACAGUAGCUAUAGUAGUAUCAGCCAUAUCAUUUUAAUGAUGUCACCAAACUAUAAGGCCAAAGAAAAAAUGUUUAUAUGAUGAAUUUUGAUAAGUUGAUAAGUUGACUUUAACCAAGUUACUACUUACAUCUAAAUUAACCCAUAAAUUCAUAACACCUAUUUACAAUAUGGCAUCGAAAUGAAAUGAAAUAUAAUUUGUAUCGUCAAGUACUACAAAUGACGGCUUUAUAUAAUAACUCUCUUUUAGAAAUGGUAAAAUAAAGAGACAAAGAGAGAGAGAGAAGAAAUUGUUUUAUUAUACUGACUGAGAUUAGAAAUUUAAGUAUAGACGUUGAGCGUAUGUAUAGAGCAGAGAUAGACCACCGUGUUAUUUGCAUAUUAUAGCAUAUUCAACUGGCCACUGCAUAAUUAAAAAAAUUCCACCUCUUUGUAGUAUCCAGAAAAGGCCAGAGUAAAAAAACACUGCACAAGAAUUAAUCUGCUCCAUACAUAUUAUUAACUCAAUGGUUGUAGCUUUUCUUUAGUCAUUUUACAAUAUACAUUUAUAUAUCAUGUAGCAUACAACUCGAGCGAGUAUAAAUAUAUUAUGUAAUAUAGAUCUGCCCGGCUCUGUUUCAAUUAGUUACAAUAUUCAAGUGUAAAUAAGUUUACAACAAUACUACUGUUAAAAUAUGGACUUUUGUCCACGAAAUUUUAUACUGUAAUCAAAUUUGUAAGCAUAACAGAUGCAUUUUUUAUAAUACGUGGGCCACCGCCCACCGUGGUCUGCCCGGAGCAGUUCUCUGCUUAAUGCAAUGUAUUGAUAUCGAUUAUGAGCCUUAUACAUGUCGGAAAUAAAGUGCAUUUAAUUGUGUUU